AUGUCGAUUUCGACGAUCCGCCGACAGGUCAAGAAUGUGGCCUACAACUUCUCGGAUGCCCAAGUGAAAGUUCGAGAAGCCACAAGCAACGAUCCAUGGGGACCUUCUACGGCACUGAUGAACGAGAUCGCCGACCUGACCAACAACCCGAUGGCGUUCACGGAAAUUAUGAGCAUCAUCUGGAAGCGGCUGAACGAUCAUGGGAAGAACUGGCGUCACGUUUACAAGAGCUUGGUGUUGCUGGACUUCUUAAUUAAGUGUGGGAAUGAAAAGGUGGCUCAUCAAUGUCGUGAAAACAUUUACGCUAUCGAAACGUUGAAAGACUUCCAACACGUCGAAGACAACCGAGAUCAAGGUCUCAACAUUCGCGAAAAGGCAAAACAAAUGGCAAGCCUCCUCAACGACGAGGAGCGCCUCAAAAAUGAGCGCACUCGCUUUAUGUUGACUAGGAACAGGCUGCGCCAGAAUGGCGGUACAAGCGUCGGAGCGGAAUCGGGUGCUCGCUCUCGGCGCGCCGAUUAUGGGGGUACCUCUAGAAAUCCGGGUGAGCUAGAUGAGGCACGUCCAUCCUCGCUGGGUGAGGAGGAGAUGCAACUGCAAAUUGCGUUGGCGCUGAGCCGCGAGGAGGCCGAGAAGGCUAAUGAGAUGGAGAAGAGCGAUGAUAUUCGUUUGCAGAUGGCGAUCGAAGAAAGCCGUCGUGAGGCGGAAGAGAUGUCGAAGAAGACGAUGGGUACCGUCAACUCGGGACAGCUCUCCCAGAGUGCAAUUGAUGAUUUGCUAUCGUUGGGGCUGGGAGAUAUUGUGCUUUCUGACCCGAACCAGCCGACCAGUUCUAACCAGUGGGGUGCGGCUCCGGCCGCUAUGGACCCUUGGGGAGCUCCAGUUCAGCAGCAGCAACAAAAUAUGUACCCGUCCGCUCAACUGGCUUCCAACGACCCAUGGGCCCCAUCCUCCCUCGGUACCCCAACUCCGGCCGCUUCUCUAGCAGACCCAUUCUCUGCCUGGGAUACCCCACUAUCUGCCCCAACCAACGGAUCCGACAUCCUUCAGCCUACCCCCGCCAACGGAGGCAACUCGAUGGCCAACAGCGCCGCCGCCAACGCUUCCGGUCUGGCCCGCAAAACCCCGGAGAACUUCUUGGGUGAGAACUCGAAUCUGGUCAACCUUGAUGAUCUGCUAGGCACUACCACUACGGCUACUUCAAGCGCUUCGAACCCGUUCCUUCUUGGUACUACUUCCGCCCCGGUCAACCCCUUCAAUACGCAGCGCAAAUCGCCGACUCUCAAUGAAAUGCGCGCGGGUGCGCCGCCAAUUCCACAGGUUGGACCUCGCGUCGGCGGUCUGCCGCCCCUCCAGCCAUCCCAGCCAAAUCCAUUCGCGGGCAUC